AUGAGAAUGGAGGAACAGACUUGCGACUGCAAGAGAGUAACCGUAACGGUGACCGACCAACGUACCGGCGACACAAUCUGCACAGAGUGUGGCAUCGUCCUCGAAGCUUUCCUCGUCGACGACCGAGAAGAAUGGAGAACUUUCGCCAACGACGAUAACAGCGACAAAGACCCAAACCGCGUCGGUGGUCCAACCAAUCCUCUCCUAAAAUCCGGCGGUCUCGGCACAGUCAUCUUCGACAAACGCAAAGAAACCAUCUCCAAGGACGACUUAUCCGUUUUGUGCAGGACACAGAACCUCGUCAAGAACCAAGAAGAAGACUUGUUCGUGAAAGCCUGCGCGGAGAUCAAGAGAAUGACAGACGCUCUUGACCUAAUAAGCGGCGUCGAGUUUAGGGCUUGUGAGAUUAUCUCCAAGUUAGACGGUGACAGUAACAAGAAGAGGCUACGCAGAGGGAAAGAGCUGAUUGCUCUCUGUGCUGCUUCUGUUUCAAUGGCUUGUCGUGAGCUGAAACUCUCGAGGACGCUGAAAGAGAUCUCCACGGUGGUUAAUGGCGUGUAUAUGAAGGAUAUAAGAAAAGCGGGUAUGUCGAUAAAACGUCUUCUUGGGUCGGAGCAACCCGAGGCUGCUCCUCUUCCUCAGGUGAUUAUAAACACAGGAGAGCUUGUUCGAAGAUUCUGUUCAAAACUUAGUCUAAGCCAGAGAGAGACGACGGCGAUCAGAGAAGCAGUUGAGAAAGCUGAGAAUUUUGAUAUCAGAAGAAACCCUAAGUCGGUUCUUGCUGCUAUUAUCUUCAUGGUCUCUCAGUUGUCUCUGACCAAAAUGACACCUAUUCGAGAGAUUGCGUUCGUUUCGGAAGUCGUGGAGAAUACGAUCAAGAACUCGGUUAAGGAUAUGUACCCUUACGCUUUGAAGAUUAUACCUAAUUGGUAUGCUUCUGAAGAAGACAUCAUCAAGAGGCUAGGAGAUAUCAUAGCUUCUUUGGAUUCCGCAAAACUUUAG